GUCAUUCUGUCGAGCAGAAAAUGGCUAACAAUCACGGGCUCUUCGACUGUUCUGUUUGUUUACAACAACUACAGGAUCCAGUGACAACGGCUUGUGGACACAGUUACUGUUUGAAGUGUAUUAAUACUUUCUGGGAUCAGAACGCCAACGCGAGUAGAAUGUAUAGCUGCCCUCAGUGCAGACAGAAGUUUAUGCCGAGGCCCAAACUGAAGAAAAACACACUUCUGGCCGAGUUGCUGGAGAAGCAAAUGGAAACAAGCCGCGGAGAUACGAGUCCUGAUAACUGCGACGCUUCUGGUGAUACUAAGUGCGACGUUUGCACGGGAAGAAAGCGAAAAGCGACAAAGUUCUGUCUUGUGUGUCUGACCUCAUACUGUGACACUCAUGCGAACCCUCACUUUGAGGUGCCGCCUUUGAAGAAACACAAGCUGGUCCAUGCUUCCGAAACCGUCAAAGAGAGCAUCUGCUGCCGUCAUGAUAGAUUUAAGGAGAUCUACUGCCGCACUGAUGAGGUUUGCAUCUGCGCACUGUGUGUAAUGGAUGAGCACAUAGGCCAUGAUACCGUUUCCAUUGCGGUGGAAAACAGUGAAAAGCAGAGACAGCUGGAGAAAACCAAGCAAGAAAUUGUGCUCAGAGCCAUGAAGUCGGAGGGACAGAUACUGGAGGUCCAACAGGCAGCAGACUCCAUAAGGGCCACUGCAUGGGAAACUGUGGAUGAUUUUGAGAGAUUCUGUGCAUCACGCAUCCAGUUAUACAUCCAUUCCGUGGAGAGGAAGUUCUCUGAGAUGAGAGAGAAAGUCGGAGAAAGAGAAAAGGUCGCAGUAGAUUGUACCAGCGCUUUCCUGAGGGAACUGAAGCAAGAAGUGACUUGGCUUAAGAGGAGGGAAGCCGACCUCAACAAGCUGACACAAAUAGAUAAUCCCGUUCAAUUUCUUGAGAGUUUUCAGGCCCUUAGUGAUGCUCCUGUAUACACCUCACCUGAAAACAUUGAAGAGGUGAAAAGAAUGAUGUCUGAGCUGGAAGCAAAUCUGAAAAAUAUGUGUGAAAAUGAAGAGGAAAACCUAACAACAGUCCUAGAAAAAAACAUCUUGAUAAAGACUCCCAUGCUACAAGCCAAAACAAUAUCCAGGUCACAUGUCUUGGCUAAAUAUAACGGCCAGGGAUUGGAAGUGGAUCCUAACACGGUAGCUGCAUGUCUUUUCUUGUCUCAAAGAAAUAGCAGCAUAUCAUGGAGAAACCACAAGAAAUGGCCAAACCAUCCCGAUAGAUUUACUUACUAUUAUCAGGCAUUGUGCAAACACGGCCUGACUGAUAACCACUACUGGGAGGUAGAGUGGGAUGGGGGCAUUGUUGAAGUGGCUGCUUCAUACAAAGGCAUUAACAGAAAAGGGUCAGGAAACGAUUGUUGUUUUGGACACAAUAAUCUGUCUUGGAGUUUAGUCUGCCUUCCAACUGGCUGUGUAUUUUGGCAUAAUAACAUUCACAAAAGUAAAAUCCCUUUGCCAUGUCGACAGAGAAUAGCAGUUUGCCUUGACUACUCUGGGGGUAUUCUGUCCUUCUACAGCAUUUCUGAUUCAGAUAUGCUGACAUGCCUGCACCAAGUCCAAACUGUUUUUACUGAACCAGUCUAUCCUGGAUUUUCUGUUGAUCUAGGUUCAACGCUGAAAAUAAGACCACUGUAAACCAAAUGCAUAGUAAUAAAAUGCUGGCUGCAGAGCUGCUUGCCAUAUUUCUAAAAACAAUCAUCUUACAGGCACAGAGAAUCUACAAAUUACACCUAGUCAUGUUCAAAUAUUUUUUUUUCUAUGAAGUUUCAGGUUGAAAUUUUUACUAUUUCCUUUGUUAAACAGAAAAUUUCUUAAAUUGAAAAUUUAAAUCUGUUCUAAAUGAUUUCACAAGUUACCAUUUUCAAGUUUAACAUUUUACAUUAUAUGAAAAUUCUUUGUUAAGCUCAGUAAAAAAUUGGGAGUAUUUGAUUAACUCAAAUAAAAUGUUGGCAGGGUAAAAUGU